AUGGCGUACGUACCAGGCAUCUUGCAUCGUGCCAAAGUGCCGAGACUAACCUCACGCAGUACUUCCGCAGUUCUCGGGUUUCCUCGCAUUGGCCCUCACCGUGAGAUGAAAAAGGCACUUGAGGCCUACUGGUCUGACAAGAUUUCUUCCGACGACCUGCUCAAGAUUGCAAAGGAGCAGCGUCUCAACUCCUACGAGAUAAUCAAGAGCAAGGGUGUAGACUUCGUUCCUUCGGGGACCUUCUCCUUUUAUGACCAUGUUUUGGACACCUCCAACACGUUUGGCAUCAUUCCUGAGGCGUACGCAAAAUCGGGUCUUUCUCCCCUUGACACCUACUUUGCCAUGGCCCGUGGCCACCAAAAGAAUGGUGUUGAUCUUCCCGCUACGGAGAUGAAGAAGUGGUUCGACUCGAACUACCACUACCUUGUCCCCGAGUUCUCGGAAUACACCACGUUCAAGGUGAACAACACCAAGCCCGUGGACGACUUUGUAGAGGCGCAAGAGGCCGGCUACAAUGCACGCCCCGUGCUCGUUGGCCCCAUUACCCUUCUUUAUCUUGGUAAGAUUUCCAAAGAUUCUAAGGACGCGUCUUUCAACCGCUACAGCCUUCUCCCUAAGCUCACGGCAGCGUACGGCGAGAUGCUCAAAAAGCUCGCCGACGCUGGCGCCUCCUGGGUCCAGAUUGACGAGCCAGUACUCGUGCUUGAUGACGCCAAGAAACUCGCCAAGGAGUUCAAGGAGACCAUCGAGUCGCUCCACCAGGCCGCGCCUUCUCUCCAGAUCCUGAUCGCGACCUACUUUGGUCGUCUCGAGGACAAUGUCAACAUUAUUAAGGACCUCCCUAUCGCCGGCAUCCACAUCGACUUGGACCGUGCUCCCCAGCAGCUUGAACCUGUGCUCCAGGCAAUUGGUUCUACCAAGAUAGGUAUUUCUCUCGGCCUUGUUUCCGGCCGUAACAUUUGGAAGACCGACCUGGCUACUGCGCUGGAACAAGCCAAGAAGGCCAUUAGCGUUGUCGGUGCUGAGCGUGUCCAGAUUGCCAGCUCGUCUUCGCUUUUGCACACUCCUAUCACAACUGCAAACGAGAAGAAGCUCGAUUCCAAGGUUCUUGACUGGUUCUCCUUCGCCACAGAGAAGUGCGGCGAGAUCGCUACACUUGGCCUUGCCCUCCAGAACUCGCCUGAGGCCGAGGACCGUAUGUCUGCCAACGCAAAGAGCAUUGCUGCGCGCCGUGAGUUUGAGAAGAGCUCCGACCCUGCAGUUCGCGAUCGUGUCAGCAACAUCAAGCCCGAGGACCUUUCGCGCAAGUCGCCCUUCCCGCACCGUCGUGAGAUUCAGCGCAAGUACUUGAAGCUCCCUCCGUUCCCCACCACCACCAUUGGCUCUUUCCCCCAGACCAAGGAGAUUCGUCAAUACCGCUCUCGCUUUAGCAAGGGCGACAUUACCAAAGAGGAGUACGAAAAGUUCCUUGAGAACGAGAUCAAGUCGGUCGUUGAAAAGCAAGAGGCUCUUGGUCUCGACGUCCUUGUGCACGGUGAGCCGGAGCGCAACGACAUGGUGCAAUACUUUGGCGAGCAGCUGGAGGGCUUUGUCUUUACUGAGAACGCAUGGGUUCAGAGCUUUGGCUCCCGCUACGUUCGCCCUCCGAUCAUUGUCUCGGACGUCUCUCGUCCUCAGCCGAUGACUGUUCGCUGGUCGUCGUACGCACAGAGCUUGACCCAGAAGGUCAUGAAGGGUAUGCUUACUGGUCCCGUUACCAUCCUCAACUGGUCGUUCCCCCGUGUCGACAUUGGCCGUGACAUGCAGUCGAAGCAGAUUGCGCUUGCGCUCCGCGACGAGGUCAUUGACCUGGAGAAGGCUGGCAUCAGGGCCGUCCAGGUCGACGAACCUGCCAUCCGUGAAGGUCUUCCUCUCCGCCGUGGUGAAUGGGCGGGAUACUUAAAAUGGGCUGUCGACUCUUUCCGUCUUUCUGUGGGUGGCGCAUCCGAUGCGAUGAACACCGCUAGCCACUUUUGCUACUCUGACUUUAACGAUAUCAUGAGCUCCGUCAUUGCUCUCGACGCCGACAUGAUCUCGAUCGAGAACAGCAAGAGCGACGCCAAGCUGCUCGACAUCUUCAAGAGCACCAAGUACCCCAACGAGAUCGGCCCCGGUGUCUACGACAUCCACUCGCCGCGUGUUCCUACUGAGCAGGAGAUGUGCGAGCGCAUCAAGGAGAUGUGCCAGUACAUUGACCCUACGCUCCUCUGGGUAAACCCCGACUGUGGUCUCAAGACCCGCACCUGGUCCGAGUGCACUGCACAGCUCAAGGCCAUGGUCUCUGCAGCAGAUUCUGCACGCAAACAGUUUGUUUAA